AUGGGUCUCUCUAGUUUCAUGGCUGUUGUUCUGAUGUUGAGCUUGUUGACGGGUUCUUCUAUCGCUCAGGCACCUGGAUCCUCUCCCAGAGUCGCUCCAGUAGCCGCUCCGACAACCCCUGUUCCGGCUUCUGCUCCCGCUUCGCCGACUCCUGCACCAACGGUUUCAUCCCGGUCACCGACACCUGCACCUUCACCUUCCAUGGCUACACCGACACCCACUCCCUCUCCCGCUCCCGCUCCCGCAUCAUCUCCCAAAACCGCUCCCGCUCCCGCUCCCGUGUCAAAAUCGCCUGAGAUGGCUCCAUCUCCAACUACAAGCAUCGCCUCACCUCCCACUCCACCUGGCUCUUCUUCUGGUUCACCUACACAGAGUCCAGCAGGGUCGACAACUCCUUCUUCAGGCGCUCAUGGUUCACUCAACAGAGUUGCAGUUCUGGGUUCUGCUAUUAUUGGCACCUUCGCUUUUGCCUUGUUGAUCUAA